CAAAAAUCUGACGUUUUAGUAAAUACCAAACCAAGGUGGAUUUUAUUUUAUUGGAAAAAAAGCAAACAGGAAAUACGAAUUAAAAGUAGGAUUGUAACAAGUUGGAAACAUGCACAAUCCAAAAACGGUCCAGCCUUAUUUGAAUACUUAAAUUCACUAACAAGCGAAAAUAUGUCUUGAAUUGUUUUCUGGCCAAAAUGGAAUUGAAAGUUUGGGUCGAGGGCAUCCAACGUAUCGUUUGCGGCGUUACAGAAACCACUACCUGCCAAGACGUCGUAUUCGCCCUCGCCCAUGCUACAGGCAAAUCCGGCCGGUUCACUCUGAUCGAGCGAUGGAGAAACAACGAGAGGCAACUGUCCCCGCAAGAAAACCCGAUGAAAAUCAUCAUGAAAUGGGGCGAAUACUCCAACGACGUGCAAUUCAUAUUGCAACGCAACGAGGCCACCAAGGCUACGCAGCCAGCCAAAGCCAAAAGCUCGGGAAGCAGCAGCAGCACGCCCACUCACAAUUCCAGCUUGGAGACGCCUUGCGAGCCGCAACGGGACGUGCACAGAGCUCUAGCGAACAACAGUUACUUAUCGAACUACGAAAACGUCGGUAUAGUCAAAGGCAUCCCGCAAAUCAAGCCCGUUUCGUUGGAAGUGCGCGAGUCGCUUUCCAAUUCGAAUUCCUUGCACAGCUCACCAAAAAGAUUUAAUUACUCCAUGUCCGGAUCGGACAUAUCGGAUAGUUCUAGUCAAAGGAUAGCGCCGCCUUAUAAGGACCCGCCGGCGCCGCCGCCCUACAGGGACCCCCCUCAACCUAGUUCAGCAAUUUACCAUGACAAAUUCAAACGGGAUCAAUCGAAGAAGGAUAAAGACGAGAAUAGGAACAAAAUCCAGGAUAAUAUCCUGUAUAACGCUCAAUAUAGAGAACUGGUGGCGCUUAUCAGCUACCAGAGGGACAAAUUGUCGACCCAACAAGCCGAUAUGCAUAAAUACGAUGCGGAAAUUGUGUUUUUAGAGAAUAAAGAAAGGGAGAAACAGAGACAGCUGGAUUUUAUAGCCCAAGAGAUUUUGGCGAUAACGAACGUCAGCAAAAAUAACCAAGAACAAAUGCAAGCUUUGUGCUACGUCGAAGAAGAAAGCGAAAUUGUUAAACAACAGGAGAAAACGCUGCAGUCUGAAAUAACUUUGUUACGAUCGAAACUAGCUAAUUGCGAAACGGAGUUGUUGCAAUGCAAAAAUAAAAUAAGAUUGUUGAUGGACGAGGUUCAAAUGGAACAAAGAGCCCAAAGUCGCAGACAGGAAUCCCUCAAACAGCUCGAACGAAACAUCCUUCUGGAAGUCGACCGACUACAAAAAGACAUCGAAUUGGCCAAGCAAAGCGCCGAAUUGCACCACCUCACGGCGGAAACACUAAAAUGCGAACGAACGAACUUGCAGGUGACGUCGCUGGAAACGGCCAUCGUCGAAAAGAAGAGGCAAGUGGAACGGCUGGUGCAGGAAAUGAAAGAGGCGAACCUGGAGAGCCUGAGCAUCGUGCCGCCGGAGGACGUUCGGCAGAUACUGGAGGGCCCCGCCAAAUCGGGCAGCACGAGGAGAAUGAUCGGCUCGCCGAGGCAGCUCGAGAACGCCGUGCCUACCAAUAAAAAUCCCCACGGUGUUUGGGUUUAGAUGUGCAUAUCUCUGCGAGGAUCGAAUCGAAGUCAUUUUCUUCGUUUGGAUUCGUUUUUAAAUGGCUUUCGAACUACGAGGGGUGUCGACAAAGUACUGGGAAUUGUGGAUGGUUGAAUAAAGGCGUCUCUCACCUCAUGUAAUUCAAUUUCCAGAACUUCGAAGACAUCCCUCGUACAAUUGGUUUAUCUCGUUAGGAAUUUGCAGGCCUGCGACUGCGCAAGAUACUUUCCUUAAUUUUUUCCUUAAUGUUCCUACGUUUUAAAACUACUAUGACGUCGUUUUUGGUAAUUUCUCACCUUAAAAAUAUCUGUUAUUUAAAGGAUUUUAGUUAGAACGUGGCAACGUUGCAACGGGCUAGCUCGCGACGUCAUUGUCGUUUUAAAACGUACGAACUUUAUAACACAUUUUAAACUAAGUGUACAUAUUAAAAAAUAUAAAAGAAAACGUUGUUAUUAGAGUACUUAUUGUGAAAUAAAUAACUGUGGACCUAAUACUUAAGAGGCCUUAGAAUUAGCUCGAAUUAGAAACUUCUGAUCUCAAUUUAGGUCUGUUUAGUGCCCCCGCGAAUUGUAUUUGUCGCGACUCGAAAUUUUCGUUGGUUUUACCAUAAAUUGAGCGUAUAUUAUGGUGCAACAAACUAACCGUAUUAUUAUUAAAUAUCUUCACUAAAUUAUUAAAUUUUGUAACAAUAAAUAUUAGAACGCCCUGUAUUAAUUUGACGUUUAAUCCGUCUAAAAAUGUGAACUGUUGAACGUGCAGCGCGUUCGAGUUUUACUUAAAAAAAGUGAGUAAUUAAAUUUGUUUUAUUAUAUCGAAAUUUCGAGAAUUUAAAAUUUUAUCGAACCGUUUUUAAUAGAAUAUUUAACGUUUUACUAAGGAGUUACUAUCGAUUAAAUGGUAUAUUCAGUAUGUAGUUAACGAUAUGUCACCACAUUAAUUUGAGUCUGAUAGCAGUGAAUCAUUAAAUAGGCCAUUGUGUUUUAGCGUAAGUAAAUUAUAAAAGUUGUUAUUUAUUGAAAUAGGUAACUGGAUUUUGCGCUGUCCAUUAAUUUUUCGACGGGAACAUCACACUGUAAGAGAUUGACGAUAGAAAUUUGUAUUAAUAGCGAAUAGGUCUUUGUAUAGUUUAGUAGUCGGGCACAUUUAAAUAUAGCGUAUAAAAGUGUGCUGGAAAUUGUAUCAGCGUUGAAAUUAAUGGACAUUCUGAGCUAAAUUUAUUCGAGAUUUUAUUUUUUUAUAUAUAUUUUUUUUCGAUUUAUUUAUGCACCUCUUCGUAUUUUUUUGUAUAAUGUACCUUUUGUAGUACACUGCCAUAUUUCGUAUGUGUAUGUAUAUUUUUGUUUUUGUACUGCUGAAAAUAUAUCACUAAGAUUACACGAUGUUUUUUUCUCCUUGGAAUCCCAUCGAAAUUGGAUUUUCCUCAGCGCCAUCUGCGAUUUCCGAUUCGCGCGGGAACUGGCGGAAAAUCGCUUUUCCUCUGUUGUUAAAAGCCGC